AUGGGCCGCGGGCUUUCGGGCCCGCUGUGACCCCGCGCGCGGCUCUAUGGAGGCGUUUCGGUUCUGCGCCACGGACGAGUUCACGGACACAAAACGCCUGUGCCGCCUGGUGCAGCAGGGCCGGCUGGACGUCCUGCAGAACAUACUGCCAGCCUUGCCGACGGUCCCCCCGGGGCUCCUGCACUGCGCCGCCCGCCACGGCCAGCUGCACGUGCUGAGCUUCCUGGCCGAAGCCCUCCGCAUGGACGUCGAGGCUGCCGACCGGCACGCCAAGCGGCCCCUGCACGAGGCCGCCGCCGCCGGCCACCGCCACUGCGUGCGCCACCUGCUGGCCCUGGGCGCCGCCGUCGACUGCCUCAAGCAGGGCGACUGGACUCCGCUGAUGCUGGCAUGCACCAAGGGGAACCUGGAGGUGAUCCAGGACCUUGUGGAGAGUGGCGCAAACCCCCUUCUGAAGAACAAGGAUGGCUGGAACAGUUUCCACAUCGCCAGCCGAGAGGGCCACCCCCAGAUCCUCCAGUACCUCCUUGUCAUCUGCCCGAAUGUCUGGAAGACGGAAAGUAAGACUCAGAGGACCCCGCUGCACACUGCAGCUAUGCAUGGCCGUUUAGAGGCAGUACAGGUGCUUCUUCAGAGGUGCCAGUAUGAACCCAACAGCAGGGACAGCUGCGGCCUCACACCCUUCAUGGAUGCCAUCCAGUGUGGGCAUGUUGAUGUAGCCUGGCUGCUGCUUGAACGGCACCAGGCUUGUGUAUCCAUAAAAGACUGCCAGGGGGCCCAGGCCAUCCACCGGGCAGCGGUCACAGGGCAGAGGGACGCCAUCCAGUUCCUGGUCUGUCGACUGGGUAUUGAUGUGGAUGUGAGAGCUCAACCCUCACUCCUCACAGCACUUCACUACGCUGCUCAGGAAGGCCACAUUAGCACCAUCCAGACACUUCUCUCUCUGGGAGCUGACAUCAAUGCCAAGGAUGGAAGAGGCAGGUCAGCCCUGCACCUGGCUCGAGCAGGGCAGCAUGGGGCUUGUGUGGAGUUCCUCCUGCAGGCUGGCCUGCGGGACAGUGCGGACACAUAGGCCACCUGGGCCCGGCAGCUCACCCAGAGAAUGGACAUUCUGCAAUGCUUUGACCGGGAGGAGGCAGCACAGGACCACUUCUGAGGAAAACAGAAACUGUGCGACAGUCCAGUUCCUGUGCCCACAGCCCCAUCACUUCAGCAGAGGAUCCCCUGGAAUUCAGAGGUGCUGAUUAACUGUCCACUGGGCACCCAGAGGUGUGGCACCCAAACCUACUCCCCAAAACCUGUGUUUCCCAUCUUUUUCCCUACAAGCAGGAUUAGGGGAUGUGGACGGAUCAGCUAGUGGGAGCUUCAAGGGACCAUGUAUCAUGAGUGGAUAUGACCAAAGAGACGUAUUUUUAUAUUUAAUGAGAUGCUUUAUAAUAAACACAUGACAA